AUGGUCUCGGUACCCGAACAGAAUACAGGCGACAGUCGACAAAGGGUCCGCAGGUUCACCUUCGAUCAUUGCUUUUCACCGGACUCAAAUCAAGAAGAGGUAUUCAAUGUGAUUGGGAAAGAAAUAGAAGAAGCUUUAAGGAGAAGGCACCAUUCUUGCGUUCUAGCAUACGGACAAAGUUCCACUGGCAAGACUCAUACCAUGAUGGGAACCUCUUCGGAUCCAGGGCUGACCCCGCGAAUUUGUAAUAACAUAUUUUCCUAUUUACAAAAGACUGCUAUGGACGACGACCAAGUAGAUAAUAAUGCAUCUGUUAGUUACUUGGAAAUUUACAACGAAAAAGUAAGGGACUUACUAGAACCACAGGGUGAUUUGAACAAAACCGAAAAGCGCUUACUCAAAGUCAGAGAACAUCCUAAAAGGGGUCCCUACGUACAGGGUUUGACUCAACAUGAAGCAAGUGAUCCCGAAACCCUUUUAAAAUGGUUGAACGUUGGAAAUAGUAAUCGGCGAGUUGCGGCCACAUUGACAAAUCCAUUUUCUAGUAGAAGCCAUUCUGUCUUUACAUUAACUUAUUUGGGGGGCAUACAAUUGCAUUUAGUAGACUUAGCAGGAAGCGAACGAGCUGGAACACGUUGCCCAACCGCUUCAAUUUUAAAAGAAGGAGCCAACAUAAACAAGAGCUUAGUGGCUUUAGGAAACGUCAUUUCAACCCUAGCUGAAUAUUCGACAAAAUAUUCUAAAUCACAGCAUAGAAAGCGGUUUGUCCCAUACCGUGACUCUAUCCUGACAUGGCUCCUAAAGGAUACUCUGGGCGGGAACUCCCGGACGCUAAUGAUAGCGACUGUUUCACCUUCAAGUGCAUGUUACAGUGAGACAGUAAACACUUUACGAUUUGGGCAACGAGCCAAGCAAAUUGUUUCCCAGCCAGUCGUUAAUGAAGACCCAAAAGAAAGGACAAUAAGAGAAUUAAAGGCCGAAAUUAUCAGGCUUAAAGAACUACUCACUCAUUCUCAGCUGAAUACCUCUUUAGUUGAAUGCAAGAAUUCGCCUAUCGAAAACGAAUAUACUGAAGUCAAAAAUUCGCCCAAUAAUCAUAACACUUGUACAGAAGAUAAUUAUGAAUCUUCGUCUAUCCAAACUGAUCUCAUAUUAGAAAAUAAAAUAACCGAGGAAAGCGAACCGAAAGGUUUACAAAUACUAAGUAGAUACAAUUUAGCCAAUAGUAUAAGAAAGCCACAUUCCAAUACAUUAGUAUCAUAUUCAGACAUAAACACUCUAAACUGCAAUUCUACAACUUGCUUCAAUCAGGAAAAACUUAUACCACUGAUCACAGUCAAUAGCACGACAACAGAAUUGAAGAGGUCUUCUAAAAGCCUAACAGCAUCUUCCGAAAAUCAGAAGAAAAUGGAAAAGAGGAAGUCUAAAUCGCUAGGUUCUCAGGAAUCGCUAUCUUCCAAAAUGGACAAACCCAAAAAACCUCCACUUCAAAAACGUACCAGCACUUUAUCGAGAUUAUCAUCACGAAAAUCCCAAGAAAGCAUACCAAAGCUCAGUUCGGUAGACCCGCCCAAUGACACCAAACAAUCAGAUUCAGCAAAAAGAUCAGUAGCUCCUCGAAAAGACAUAAUAGCAUCAGUUACUAAUCGCCUUUACUCCAGCAGCAACAAAAAGAAAGAACCUGUGCCAGAAACUUCAAAUUCCCCAAUGUCACAACAGCCUCCACAGCCCCCCGAAGAAAAUUCGAAAGACGAGUCAGUCAUUAGCGCGAAAGUUAAACUUUUAGAAUUGACUAGAAGAGCUUUGAAAGCUCACAGACGAAGACACGCCGAAAUACAAACGGACUUGAUAACAGUUACUCGAGUAAAAGACGUGUGCACGGACGUGGAUGAUCUUCAGCUUAAGUUAGCAGAAAUAAAGGAAGUGGGUACUGAAAUGGAGUCUGUCACAUAUUCAGACGUCGGGGUGUACUGUGGUCCAUUGUUAGAUAGUUUCGAGCAACUCAGCAACGAAGUUGGAACAAAUACUUCUUUAAUUUUAACAAGAUCGUGUGGUACUCAAUCCGUCGAAGACCAAGAGUUACAAAAUAACGAAAUGGCAGAACGUAAAUCUCCAGUUACAACAGGUUCAUUUUCGUUCACGAAAUAUUUACAAAAUGCAGACUCUAAUAGUAAAAAUAGUUUAAGUAACAAAACAUUCACGUCGUCUCUUAACAUUAACGUGUCAAGGAAGGAUUCGAACGGAAAGAGAUCAGUGGAUAGCGCGUCAGACGAUAGCCUUGAUGAUUUGAACCAACUGCAGGUGUGUUUUUCCACGCCAGACCUUAUCAGUAAUCACAAUUCCCUAGAAACGCACGCACAUGCAAGCUCCGCUACCAAAAGCGAAAAUGUCUCAAACAAACCUGUGGAACAACAAAAUCACAAUAAGAAAUCGGAAGAAGCCCAAUCGAGUUUCCCGUCGCUUCUGAACGAAAAUUUUGCGAUAAGCACGGAAACUUGCGUUGCAAACUGUACUGUUACCGCAGAUAUAAGAGACAAAGUCCAAUCGGUCAACGUAACGACCCUAUACACUCCAGAAAUAUGCAUAACAAAGGCUUGUAACGAAAGAGUUAGUCCUCUCAAAAGGGAUAUUCCUCAACCUAUCAAUCCAAACGUUGUAGAAGUCGAAAAUAAUCUGUUGAGCGCCACAUCACGUUCUCCGGAGAUAUUAAAAUCGAUAAUGAAGUACGAUCAAAAGGAAGAAGGUUCUCUGGAUUCGGACGUCGAAUCAAGUUUCGGAAACACAAGGGACUCCCUGGAAUGGACGUCUAAAAAAGUUCGAUUCUCUGGUAAUUCGCUAGAAACCGAAAAGAAAAUGGUCGACACCAUGUCGAAAUUCUUAGAAGAGGCGGCAAAAUUGAUGACCAACUUGACCCGUGUGGCCAGCACCAUGGAGGCGAACUGCAGCAAUUCUUACGACAUCCAGGUGACCGUGGGCGAUCCAAGCGAAACACCUACCGGCAGCACCUCGCGAAUUAAAAGGAAAGUAUCGUCCGAAAGAAGACCCAAAAGACGUCACAAUAACAUAUCAACUCAAACUUCAAACAACACCGAAAACACCAGCGUUCAAACAACGAAUGAUACGGCACAAUACCAUAAUCGAUACGAAUCGAUUUUGAAAGAAUCUUGCAAUAAAUUGGAGCACUGCAUAAACGUUGCUUUGGAAAAGUCUUCAGGUGGACGUAGAACAACGUCGAUUGAGAGAGAAGAAUUUCUUCACAGGUUUCCGCAACCCUUCACUUGCUAUCCCGGAGAAUGGAACUUAAAGAAUUUAAGAGGGGGACUAGGGAUGGAGGGGGGAGGUAACCAAGUUAAUGUCGAAGAUUCAAGUUUAGAGAGUAACCCAACAUUUUCUGAUUAUGGCAGCUUACCAAGACAAAAGCACGUCAAGAGACCGGUGCCAAGUAGCAGUCCGAGUGCGUAUUUAAAACAAUUAAUGAGAAUCAGGCGACAAAUUGUCAAAAAUUCUCGGGAAGAUUUGUUGCAAGAAACGAAGGAAGACAGUUUUUGAUGUAUUACUUACUUCUUUUGUAAUUGGGCUCCACGCAUAUAAAGGAAUAUUUAAUUGAAGUAAUAGGUAGUUAAAAAUUAAUUUUACAAAAGGUUUGAAAUAUUAAACAUUUUUAUAAUGAUGAUAUAUGUAUGAAAUUGUUUUCAUAAAAAAUGCUAAGAAGUUUCGGGAGUUAAUACAGCGUAAAAGAAUAAGUGAGAAGGUGCAGUUGAUAAAGAAAGAAAUAGAACUUAAAUUCAUAAAUUCAACUUACUAAUUAGACUAGAGCGGUUGCUGAUAGACCGUCUACGUUUAUUCACAUUGUAGGGUAUAUCGUAAACAUAAAAAAGAGAUGUCAGGUAGGAAUUGCAGCGGACACUAAUAAAGAAAAAGGAAUAACAUUACACCAAUU